AUGGUAAAAACACAAAAGGCUCCAAAUGCAAAAAAUUCUAACUCCCCCCCCCCUCCGUGAGCGAACAAAACCAUUAGAAAAAUCGCCAUUUUUGACCAAAAACCCACCCUCCGUGAGUGAACAAAAAUUUUUUUAAUAGAAAAAAUUUUAAUGGAAAAAAAAUUUUGAUAUAUAAGUGAUAAUUAGUAUAAUGAAAUCUAGAGCUAAUUCUGUUUAAUUUUAAACAAAUUGCGUUUUUAAAACAUAAAUUUUGCAAAUUAAAUUAAUAUUUGCUUCCCAAUUUUUGCAAAUUAGGAUUUUUUUAAAUUUCGAAAAAAAAUAUUUUUUAUAAAAUUUAUAUAUAAAUUUUUUUUAAAAAAAAAAAAAUUAACCCCCCUCCGUGAGCGAACAAAAAUUUUUUUGUUCGCUCACGGAGGGGGGGGGGGAGUAAACAAAAUAGUAAAAAGAAGCUUGAUGCUGACCCAUUGCAAACAAAAAUACCAUUUACUGUUAAAUCUUCCAAACCUACUUCAAAGACAUGCAUUAAAUGCAAAGAAAUUGGCUCGCUCAUUUCUUGUAAAAAAUGCGCUGGAUCAUUUCAUUUAGCUUGCCUAGGUUUGUCAGAAAAUCAAGUUACAUUUACUAAUUGAAUUUGUGUUGAGUGUUUGGGAUCAUAUGAUAAGCAAUUAUCAACUGAGGCAAAACAGCACUUAACUUUACAAAAAAAGGAAAAAGAAAGUUUUUCAGGGAAAAUCUUUAAUAAAUUGUCAGAAAUCAAAGAAGAAACACAAAUCCAAAAAUUCAAGAAUAAAUAUCCUGAGUACAUUAAAGGCGAUAAGAUUAAUUAUACUUUGUUAAUCUGAGCUUCAGAUUAAUCACUAUUAUAUAAAGUAUUUAUUUUUAAAUUUUAACAUUAAAUAAUACUUAACUAUGCAUAAGUAUACCCUAUUCCAGAUGAGCUAUUAUGAGAAAACCAAGGAAUACAUGAGAUUUCAUUAAAAGAAAAGCCAAUCCCAAAUAAAUCUCAUAUUGACCCUAAAAUCUUGGGCAAUAUUUUAUUUAUUUGUGAUUUUCUCUAUACCUUUAAAGAAAUUCUCCAAAUUGAUCCAAUUAGCUUUGAGGACGUUUACAAAGGAUUAUCAUCCAAAUACGAAAACGAAAUUUCCAAAAAAGUUCACGUUUCCUUACUAAGACCUAUCUUGCAGCAUAUGGCAAGAAAAGAAAACACUGAUAAAUCCAUUAACCGAGGCCUAAGCUAUCUUCUUUAUAAAUCAUCCAAAAUAAUUGACUUGGAUGAUAUCUUAGAUUCCUCAUAUCUUGUUAUAUAUGAUUAUGCAUUGUUUUCAGGGUUAUGAAAAGAAAUUAUUGAAAGUGCUGGCAUCGAAGCAAAUGAGUCUUUAAAAGCUUACCCCUUGCUUUCUCAAUAUAACACAAACUACUCAAUUGAAGAUAAAAUCCAGCUGAUCUCAACCCUCAUAAUUAUUUUGCUUGAUUCCUUAGCUUUUUAUCAAGAAAUCACUGAUAGAAUUGAAAAUUUAUCCAACCUUAAGAAAGAAAAACAUGAAAUUAAUGCUCAACUGAGAGCCAUCCAAAAAUCACACCCAGAAAAAUCACAAAAUAAAGAAGAGCUACAAUUGCAAGACAGACUUAAACAAAUAUUAGGAGAAAUUAAAGAAAUUAAAACGAGGACAGAAUGCAUUGGAAAGGAUAGGGAUUAUAAUGAAUAUUUUAUUUUUCCAUGGGAAAAAAGAUAUAUUUUUGUUAAAUGCUAUAAGCCGAUUGAAGAUGGAAAGGAAUCUGAAUCAGGGUAUUGGUAUUAUUAUGAUAAGAAAAAAGAAGUUAAUAAAUUACUAACUCCCCCCCUCCGUGAGUGAACAAAAAAAUUUUGUUCACUAAAAUUUUAUAAAAAAUAUUUUUUUUCGAAAUUUAAAAAAAUCCUAAUUCGCAAAAAUUGGAAAGCAAAUAUUAAUUUAAUUUAUAAAAUUUAAGUUUUAAAAAGCAAUUCGUUUAAAAUGAAACAGAAUUAGCUCUAGAUUUCAUUAUACUAAUAUCAUUUAUAUAUCAAAAUUUUUUUAUUAAAAAAAUUUUUGUUCACUCACGGAGGGUGGGUUUUUAGGCAAAAAUAGGAUUUUUCUAAUGGUUUUGUUCACUCACGGAGGGGGGGAGCAAAAUACUUUAAUAGUAAGGGUGAAAGGGAAGCAAAACUUACUGAAGCUUUAAAUAAAGCUCUUGAAGGCCUUGAAUUAACAGAAGAUGGACUCAAAUUUUCAUCAAAAAGCGAGGAGGUGGAACAUUCAGAUUUAGAAUCAAUAAUUGAGCUUGAAGACCCAACUGAAGAUCUAAAAUCCAAGCUCAAAAAGUUAUAUGUCUUAAUGAAAAAUAAUCUUGGAGUAUGCAACUCGGAAAUUGAACUUAUACUCAAUGAAGAAACAGCCAGUGCAGAAUCAAUUAAAAAAUAUUUCAAAGCAAUUUCAGAAAUUACAGGCUGCGAACAAAUGCUUCAAGAGUCAGAUGAAGAAAAAGAAAAAGAAGAAGAGCCUUCAAAGCAUAGAAAAAUUGAUAUUAUGUCUUUUGGUUGAUUUUUACAGCACAUCUUUUAGUUUGACGCUCUCAAUAAGGCAUUAUUUGACGCAAUUUUAUUGAAUUUCUUACUCAUAAGACAAAAACCGAUAUUUUUCAAUAGUUAAAAAGCUUCGAACAAAUGGCGCCAGGAAAUGGCUUCAAGAAGAAAUGUCUCUAGGAAAAGACUAUAGUCAAAAAAUUGAGCUCCAGAUAUGGUCAGACUUUAGCGAUAUUCAAUACUACUGGUCCCAAUACUUAGAAGAAGCCAAAGACACUCACGAGUUUUUCAUCUGCUAUCAUAUUUUAGCAGAAAUUGUCAAAAAAUAUAUAAAAGAGCACCAGCAUCACCCAACCCUAACUUCUCUUAUCCUUAACCGAUCGUCAUCGCUUGAUCAAGGAUAGGCUUAAAAAGUUAUAUAGAUUUUUUUUAAUAUUAAAUUUAUUCAUAAAAUAUUUUAUGCAUUAGCCACAAAAGAUAGAAUAUCCAAUAUUUUAGCAAAUAUCUUAUAUAUCACAUUAGAAUUACAUAAGAGUGAUUAUGCUGCAUAAUCUCCAACAUUUAUUACUAUCAAAUAUAAAUAGCUAAUUUAAGACAGGGUAGGGAAGUGGGUACCACACUUAGCUAUAUGAAAAUUGUUCGAUCCAUGAUAGGAGAAGGAUUAAGAGAAGAAAAUUCAUAUAAUCUUGCAAGAAAAUCUUAUAGACUAGCCAGGCUAAGUAAAAUUAAGCAUUAUGAAGAAGAUCGCAACCAAGCGCAGGAUGAUGAAUGCUUUAUUUGUGGAGAAGAUGACGGAACUUUGCUAUGCUGUGAUGGCUGUCCAAAAGUGGUUCAUCAAGAGUGUGUUAUGCUUGAAAAAAUCCCAGAAGGAGAUUGGUAUUGCAAUGAGUGUGUUGAAAAAGCAAAUGCAAUGAGAAUGACAAGAGGGAGAUUGAAGCUAUCAAAGCUUAGAGAUAAUUUAUCAAAUAAUUAA